ACGCUUUUUAUUUCCGUAAAUCAUUUUCCCCCACGCUCAUUACUCUCGUUCGUUCCUCCCGCAAGCCCGACACUCAGCUCUUUUUUACGGGAGUUUCGUCUUCUCCUCAAAUACAGACGGGCGACAGCUUCUCUCAUCUUCUCCUUCACGCUCAACCGCACAACUCCUCUCUCUCUCUGCUAGCAUCUUAGAUGGAUGAAAAAAUUCUUGCAACAGUUAUGGCCGCAGUUGCAUCUAUCCUUGCUAUUGGGGCUGUAAUCUUAGAAGAUAUUAGAUCUAAGAGAUUAUUACGUAGAGAACCUCAUGUUAAUCGAGAGUAUGAAAGAGGGAUUUAUAUGGAUAGUAUUCUUUAUGGAGGCAAGCAAGAUUGUAUUGAUCAGAUAAGAAUGAGUCCUACAGCUUUCUUUGGAUUAUGUAAAAGUCUUGCUGACAACAACCUCAUACGUGAAACCAUUAACAUGUCUAUUAAGGAACAAGUGUUGAUGUUUUUACACAUUAUUGGACAUAAUGUGAGGUUUCGAGUGGUUGGUGGAAGGUUCUAUAGAUCGAUUGAGUCUGUUCAUCGAUAUUUUAGGGUUGUCCUCAGAGGAGUCUUGAGGCUAUAUAAACAUUUAAUUAGAAAACCUGACAAUUCUACGCCACCAGAAAUAAGGAACAGCCAAAGGUUUUACCCAUACUUUAAGGAUUGUGUUGGAGCAAUAGAUGGAACUCAUGUUCGGGCAUCUGUUCCAAUCGAAAUCCAAGGAAGGUUUCGUGGUCGAAAAGAGCGAACAACACAAAAUGUGUUAGCUGGCAUUACCUUUGACUUAAAAUUCACAUAUGUAUUAGCUGGCUGGGAAGGAAGUGCACAUGAUUCCCGUGUUUUGAACGAUGCACUCACUAGGCCAGAGGGAUUCAAAAUUCCUGAAGGUAAGUAUUAUCUUGGUGAUGCUGGUUAUGGAACUCGAAAUGGAAUUCUCUCCCCCUAUCGUGGUGUUCGGUAUCAUUUGAAAGAAUUUGGUGAUCAUUUACCUGAAAAUGAAAAAGAAUUAUUUAACCUUCGUCAUUCGUCCUUACGAACCACCAUUGAACGAGGGUUUGGAAUUUUGAAGAAACGUUUUCGUGUGUUGGAUGCAGAACCUUUUUGGUCAUUCCCGACACAAGUGGAUGUAGUAUUAGCAUGUUGUGUUAUUCACAAUCACAUUAUGGGUGUUGAUCCAAAUGACUCAAUUAUGGAAGAGGUUGUUCGUGAUGUUGGAUCUCAAAAUCAAAGUAGUAGAGUCUAUCAAACGCAAAGGGAAGCUCAAGAGGAAACAAUGGGCAAAAACAAGGAAAAAGACACUACAAACAAGCAAUUCAGGUGGUCAAAACCAAUGCACACUUUAUUACUUGAAAUUCUUGCUGAUGAGGCUGCUAAAGGAAAUAAGCCUUCAAACACAUUCAAACCUGCAUCAUUCGCACUAGUUGCCAGGUCAAUUAAUGAGAAAUUUGGAGUAGAAUGUGCAUCUGAUCAUGUUGAGAACCGCCUUCGAACCAUCAGAAACAUGUGGACUAGCAUCAACACCCUACGUGGGAAGAGUGGCUUUGGAUGGGAUGACAAUUUGAGGAUGAUUACUUGUGCUAAAAAGGUGUAUGAAGAGGAAGUGGUGGUAUGA